GCUCUCGGGAAAUGGAUCCCACAAAAUGAUUUGAUACACUUCUUUGGUUUCGGCCCAUUUGCUUUUCUCCUUCCCUCCCCGCACGUCCGUCGCAGCGCCAGGGGAAGAACAAGAACUUCUUCUUCUUCUUCUUCUCCAAUCUCUCACCCUUCUCCCUCUUCAAUCCUUCGACUCCCUUCCUUCCAUCUCUCUCUCUCUUUCUUGUACCCUCCGCCGCUUCUCUCUCGUUCUAUAGGCGCUAGCGAGCCGGCGACGGCGACACCGUUGCCCGCCGGGGGAAAAUGGGCAUGGAUUACUACAACAUACUCAAGGUCAACCGGAACGCGAGCGAUGACGACCUCAAGAAGGCCUACAAGCGCCUCGCCAUGAUUUGGCACCCGGACAAGAACCCCACCACCAAGAGAGCCGAGGCGGAGGCCAAGUUCAAGCAGAUUUCCGAGGCCUACGACGUCCUCAGCGAUCCUCAGAAGCGCCAGAUCUACGAUUCCUACGGCGAGGAGGCUCUCAAAUCGGGCCUCUUCCCGCAGCCUUCCCCUGCCUCUCCUUCCACCUCCGCCGCGCCCAAUCGCCACUAUUAUCAGCGCCAGCACCCCAAUCCUGCCUUCAGGUUCAAGCCCAGGGACGCCGCCGAUAUUUACGAGGAGUUGUUCGGUCAGGAGGCCGGCGGCGGUGGUGGUGGUUCCGUGGGGAAUGGGGCUGGAGGUGGAGGGGCGGCUGGAGGAGGGAGAGGGUUUUUCAGGACUAAUACUCAUUAUCAUGGGAAUGGAGGGGAGAUGAGGAAAGCAGCCCCCAUUGAGAAUUUGUUGGGAUGUAGCUUGGAGGAGCUUUACAAAGGUGUGAAGAAGAAGAUGAAGAUUUCUAGGAAUGUCUUCGAUGCUGCUUCUGGAAGGGUUCGUCCUGUUGAAGAGAUCCUGACAAUCGAGAUAAAACCUGGUUGGAAGAAAGGUACAAAGAUCACAUUCCCUGAGAAAGGCAACCAAGAGCCUGGCAUCAUCCCUGCUGACGUGAUUUUUGUGGUGGAUGAGAAGCCGCACCCGGUAUAUAAAAGAGAUGGUAAUGAUUUGGUGAUCAACCAGGAUAUUUCCCUUCUUGAGGCCCUCACCGGUGGAAGCCUGAACCUAGCUACAGUGGAUGGCAGAAACCUUAUGAUCUCGCUCACAGAUAUAGUCAAACCUGGUGCUGAAGUGGUUGUCCCAAAUGAAGGAAUGCCAAUCUCAAAGGAAGCAGGCAAGAGAGGUAAUUUGAGGAUCAAGAUGGAUGUGAAUUACCCAUCAAGGCUUACCGCAGAACAAAAAUCCGAGCUGAGAAGAGUGUUGGGAGGAGUUUCAUAGUGCUUCAAUCAGGAGAAGGUCAUCUAACAGCUGAGAAUUUGGGGAUGUACAUAUAGUGGAGUUAUGUCAUACAUGUCAGUUAGGAUAUAAAUUCUAGGGUUAAUGGUUGAGUUGGAUGUUGGGGAAACGCUGUGCUGGGAAUGACUAACUUGAGUUCAUUGGUAGGAUGUGCCCAUCUGUCAUUUGCUGUUUCAUGUUACUAGCAUCUGAUUUUGGAUAGUGGAUACAACACGCAACCGGGGUUUCUUCUACCACUGGUACUGCAUAGUGAAUGAUUGUGUUGUUUUUCGAACAGAAUUUAGAAUCAAAUUGAUCGUGGUUCGUGUUGAUGUUCUUAUACGGGCAAGUGCGAGAUUUUCUUCUGUUUCUGCUGGUAUGUAAACAAUAGCAGGUGCAAAGUGUUUGAUUGAUGCUUGGAUCAUAUAAUGGACAGGAGUACAUUUGCUACUUAUCCUGGUUUAUUUUCUUGCCCUUUUGGAGGUGUAAGGAGAGGAUGGGCUAAUUUGCAAUAGGUUGCCUACUGCUCAUCAUCUGUGUUGCCUUCCAAGAUCACACGUUAGUCAAUUGAAUCAGCCUACAUUGCCUGCUGAAGUCUGCCCAAUUUGCGAUCUGAUCUGGUUCUUUCCUCGUCGGAGUAGGGUCUCUUUGUGGCAUUCUUUCUCUGGAUCGCUCCUGAAAUCGAACAAACAAAAAAAAUUGCA